AUGCGUCAGGCAGAAGAGCGUGGCUGGUACUUUGACGAGUCCUGUCCCUUCCAAGCGUCCACCCAAGGACGUCCACGUUUGAGCCAGCUCUCUCCGACGGAUCAACAGCUGCAUCGACCUUCACCCGCGCCUACUGCUCUGUGCAUGCUCGAAGUCUGA